CUGGCGAGGUGCGAAGUGUGGACGGGCGCAGCAAUACAGCAUUCGACCGCAGUGCACCGCGACGAACGAGCGCGAUACGUAUUCCGACGACAGCCUUUGCUGAUCGAAUAUUCUGUUUAUAGAUCCUCUAACAUAGUUAAUUAAAAAAAAAACAACAACUUUUACGUUUUUUGUCGCGCAUAGUUUUAAUUUAAAGACUAUUUUAGGUGUACAGGCUUAUUUUAUCAUUCCAUAACCGAUUUUAUCACACCAAAGACGAACAGGCAACGGAUUAGUGCGCACUGAAUCUAUAGUAACGAAAAGGUCUUAUCCUUGUGAAACACCGAUGGGCGUUCGUCAAAACCCUUGGACACCAACCAAGAGACGAGGGCCGAUUGCUGCUGAAGCUGCUAGUCCAGGGCCUGCUGUGGUAUCUCUUCCAUCCUUAAUUGGCAAACCUCCGCCAGAAUCAAAAAAACCCCGCGCCCCAGCGUUUACAUUCGGGCAUAAAUUGGAUUCUUCUGGAAAGGACAAGGCAGGUCCCGGUCCAGCUACAUACAACACAGAAGGCAUGACAGCUAAAGGGCGAGCAGUGGGUCCAUCGGCGUCAUUACACGGUCGAUGGCCGCCACCCAAGCUGAUCCCUACUCCAGCACCCUGUGACUACGAGCCCGGCAGAUCAAUCCGAGCUGUGUUAGACCAUGCCCCGGCUUUCUCGAUAGGUCUGCGUGUCAGCAUACCUCAAGCCGGCAGCAAAACGCCAGCGCCGAACGUUUACUCUAUGCCACCUGUACUCGGAGAGGCGCGUGAGGGUAACAAGCGAGCCGCUCCUGCCUUCAGCAUCACUGGCCGGGCUAAAACGAUCGAGUCCAAGACGCCAAUGCCUGGCCCAGGCACUUACACCACGGAUAAAGCAGCUACUGUGAUCACUAAACGGCCUCCAGCAUACACCAUGGCUCCGAGAAGGGAACUGAAGCCUCCCACGGCAACUGUGCCCGGACCGGGGGUUUAUUGCCCGGAAAAAGCUGACGCUAUUCUUCGUGAAAAGUCACCAAAAUUCAGUCUUUCAAGCAAAAUAAAAAUAGAAAAAAUUGAGCAAGUUCCUGCUCCUAAUGCUUACAAUCCCCAAAAAGCUGAUGGACUAUUAAGAGAAAAGUCACCAGCCUAUUCUUUUAGAACGAAAAGUGAAAUUGUGAAGGUACACGAUGCACCUGCACCUAAUGUCUAUACUCCGGAAAAAUCACUGCAUGCUCUUAAAAAUGGACCAAAGUAUACUCUAGCUGGUAAAGGUUUGGCCGAGAAACAUGAAGUGACACCUGCCCCUAACUCUUAUAAUCCACAAAAGGCUGAUAAACUGUUACACGAGAGUUCACCAUCCUAUACGUUAAGAUCGAAAGAGCAUGCAGAAAAAAUUGAGAUAACACCAGGCCCUAAUGUGUAUUCUCCAGAGAAAUCAUUACAUAUGCUUGAUAGCGGUCCCAAAAUUACAAUUGCCGGAAAAGGCUCAUCACCUAAAAUUGAGGAUUUACCUGCACCGAAUGCUUAUUCUCUUGACAAGUCUGAUAAACUCCUCCAUGAAUCGUCGCCAUCUUACACGUUCAGAUAUAAAACUGGUGUUGAAAAACCGAACAAUACACCAGCACCUAAUGUUUAUUCCCUUGAUAAGGCUGAUAAACUUCUCCAUGAAUCUUCGCCAGCUUACACAUUUAGGCCCAAAGUUGGUGUUGAAAAACCAAACGAGACACCUGCGCCAAAUUUUUAUGAUCCACGUUUAUUAAAUGACACGCCAAAAUUUUCAAUUUCGGGGAAGGGUCACACAGACAAACCAUCUGAUGUGCCAGCUCCUAAUGCUUAUGAUCCACAUUUACCUGAUAAUACUCUGAAAUUUUCAUUAAGUGGUAAAGGUCGCAGUGAAAAACCAUCGGAUACACCAGGUCCUAGUAGUUAUGAUCCUCAUUUGCCAACUAAUUCUCCCAGAUAUACGUUAUCUGGCAAAGGACAUGAUGGAAAAAUAUCUGAUGUCCCUGGACCAAACGCAUAUGAUCCACAUUUACCUAAUGAUGGUCCUAAAUUUACAAUGACAGGUAGAGCACAUUUAACAAAAACACAAGAAACUCCCGGUCCAUGUUCUUAUGACCCUAAUAUAUUAAACGGCUCUCCAAAGUUUACAUUGUCAGGAAAGGGCAAAGCUGACAAAAUAAUUGAUUAUCCUGCACCCAAUGCAUAUGAUCCAAGCAAAUACAUUUUAAAUGGAGUGCCUAAAUAUAGUUUUGGUCUGAAGGGACACACAGAAAUACCUUUUAAUAACCCUGCGCCUAACGCAUAUUCUCCUGAAAAGGCAGACAAAGUUUUACAUGAGAAUUCUCCAACUUACUCUUUUAGACCUAAAAUAGUAGAUGGCAAAUUACCUGAUACACCAGCUCCUAACUUUUACAAUCCAGAAAAAGCGAACGAAUUGAUUUUCGAAAAAAGACCUGUCUAUACUUUAACAGCUAAAGGAAAGGACGCAAAACAGAACACAAAUCCAGCUCCUAACUUAUACAACCCAGAAAAAGCUGAUAACAUGUUGUCAGAUAGUGCUCCUCGAUACUCUUUUAGAAUAAAAACUAAUCCAUUCAAGCCCGAUAAUGUACCAGCCCCUAACAAUUACAACCCCGAUAAAGCUGACAAAGUACUGCUGAAAAGCUCACCACAAUACACUUUUAGAAUUAAACCGGAAACUGCUAAUAUUGUGGCUACUCCUGCACCAAAUACUUACAAUAUACCAAAUCUACAAAAAACACCAUUGUAUACCAUUUCGGGUAGACACAAAGAACCGAUCGAUGAACGUAUAAAAGUUCCUGCUCCAGGGGCGUAUAAUCCAGAAAAGGGAUACAAAUUUGUUUUAACAUACUCCCCUCAAUAUACCUUCGGAGUUAAAAUUCAAACUGUCAAAUACGCCGAUACACCAGCUCCAAACAGCUAUCGCAUCCCAUCCGUCCUGGAAGCUCCUGUGUACACGAUGUCUGGUCGUCAUAAGGUCCCGCAGGACGACCGAGCGAAGGUACCCGCGCCUGGCACCUACUCGCCAGAAAAGGUGCAGAUCAACAGAACUCCACAAAUAACAUUCGGAAUAAAACAUUCUCCAUUAUUAGGUCAGCUGAAGCCUAUUGAGCCACUUCGUCCUGUUAAUAGAAAAAUAUCUAUGAUCGAAGAGGCCGAUAAAACUCGGCCAAAUGAAUAUGCAGAUCUAAAUGGGGAUGAUAGAAUUAACACAAAUUCACGGCGAGCCGAUUCGAUCGAUUCUAAUAUUGAUGUUCAAAAUAUGCGCACACAUGUAACUCAAGUUAGAACACAGAAUGAAGGUAGGAGCAAUACGGCUACACCUGAGCCAAUACAAGAAACGCUCACUCAAGAAAUCGUAUGGGUGCCGGAAAAAACAGAGCGCCGCGGUUCAUAUACGAUUGAAAAAUCCGAUGGGAAUGGAUUUAUCGAACGAUAUGAAAAUAACGAAGUAAUUCCAGUCGAUAAUGGAGCUAUUCGAGUCUCAGGUAGCGGGGAGAAAGGAGCUUCCUCGACUGAAGAGCGUAGUAGUGAAGUUAUACGUAAGGAUGGCUAUGUCCAGAAUAUUGAUAGAAGAGUAAACAAUUCAGAGGCCCAUGAAAACAAACAAAAAGCGACUGAAGAAGUUCGUGUUGGAACUGAUGUCCAGCACUUACCUAAUGGUGGAAUUGCUAAAACAACUACAACAACGACAAUCAAAAAAGUUGGAACCGCUGCUAAAACUGCCAAUGUGUCUUCAACAGUUACUCGCACAAACACUGCUAUAAAUUCACGCGACAUUGGCGUAAAAUAAUUUGAUCUAUAUUCUAUAUUAUAAUAAAAAUAAUUAUAAUAUAACAAAUUCAAAAAGUUUAAUAAGCUUGAUUAAUUUUCCUGAUAUUACAGGAUGCCUCAAUAAUGAAAUGAGUAAGAUUCGCUAUUUCAAUAACUUUAAGCUUCAUUUGUAACAUAGCUGCUCGUAGGCCUAUUUAUGAAUUUGAGAUUCUAAUGAAUGUUUAAAUAGGUUAUGUUUGUAAUUUACACAUUCUAUAUUGUUUAUUUAUUGUCAUUAUGAAUUUAUAUUUUUUUGAUCUAAAUUAAUGUUAUUAACUGUACUAAUGUACAAUAAUUUAUACAUUAAAUUCUCUUUUUUA